AUGAAACAAAAAUCUAAUCAUAGAGUACGAGGUUGGCAUAACGACCCAACUUUUUCUAAAAUUCCUACAAAAAUAAGUAACUUUAAUGUCUUACCAUCUCCACUCUUGGUUCUUCUUGAUAGCCAGAGUAAAAAAUCCUUCAAGGACGAGAAGGCCAAUCGGAGCACUCAGCGACCAAUAGAUUGGAUUCUUUUUAUAUUGUGUCACUUGCCAAAUCGCUAUGGCCCCAUGGGCAGCAAAAAUAACUCUCGUAAUCACCGCUUUUAUUGUAGCAAUCAACUUCACCAUUGUUGA